UCUGCGCAUGCGCAAACCCGUGAGCUGGGGAGGGAGUAAGGUUCCGCGGUUACCCGGAGGAGAGCGGUCGACAGAAACACUAAUUUAACCCUGCGUAAAGACGAACGACACGGAACGGACAGCUUUGAAAGCUAGCGAAUAUGCCGAAGAAUAAAGGUAAGGGAGGUAAAAAUCGGAGGCGUGGUAAGAAUGAGAACGAGUCUGAGAAGAGAGAGCUGGUGUUCAAGGAGGAUGGCCAGGAAUACGCUCAGGUGAUUAAGAUGUUGGGGAACGGCCGGCUGGAGGCCAUGUGUUUCGAUGGGGUGAAGCGGCUUUGCCACAUCAGGGGGAAACUGCGAAAAAAGGUAUGGAUAAAUACGUCAGACAUCAUUUUGGUGGGCCUGCGAGAUUAUCAGGACAACAAGGCUGAUGUCAUUCUGAAGUAUAACGCAGACGAGGCCAGGAGUCUGAAAGCUUAUGGAGAGCUACCUGAGCACGCUAAAAUCAACGAGACGGACACAUUCGGACCCGGGGACGAUGAUGAAAUUCAGUUCGAUGACAUCGGUGACGACGAUGAGGAUAUCGAUGAUAUCUAAACAAGGACUCUUGCCUAACCCGCCCACCCCUGUACUCUACAAGGAGGAAGGUGACCUCUUCACUGCUGGGAAAGAGACAGGGCUGGGGGCAGCGACCCCUGACCCCUGACCCCGGCUGGAGCCAUUACUCUGUCCCUCCACACACCGUGGCUGAAACUCACAUCCUGCCACUGCAAACACAACUUUGUCAGACACACUUUACUUUUUUUUCUUUUUUUUUUGUUAACUUUUUAAAUGUAUUUAUAUUUUAAUUUCACAUUCGGUGGAAUUUAGGGUCAAAUGCAGAAUACUUGGAUUUACAAUAAAAUUUAAACCAGUUA